CGAGAAGGGCAUCGAGGGAAAGCGCAUGCGCGGCGGCGCAGUUGGCGAGGAGAGAGCCUAGAAGCCUAGGGGGCCGCGGAAGGCCUUCUCGGCCUACUGGAAGGUCAUUGCUUAGAAUGCAACUGAAUCUGAACAACCAUGAAGUGGCUAUAUAUAAUUAUGAGCUCCAAAUUAAGAUACUCUAUUUUGGUAAAUUUAGCAACGAUUCCAAACCGGAUGAAAGUUAUUCCAUGUCCUUAUAUCAUUAGUAAUAGAACGAUGUCAAAUUAUAAAUCUGAAAGGAACAUCACAGAAUAUUACAAUAUACUUAACCUUGAUGAAGGCUGUUCUGCUGCUGAAGUAAGAGAAUCUUUUCAUCAACUGGCCAAGCAGUUUCAUCCAGAUAGUGGAUCCAAUACAGCUGAUUCUGCAGCAUUUAUACAGAUAGAAGAAGCCUAUAGGAUGGUACUUGACCAUGUAAUGGACAAAAAAAAGAGACAAAUUGAAGUUGAGGAAGAGGCGGAUGAAGAUAUGCACAAAUAUAAAACGCCACAACAUAGGCAUUAUUUAAGUUUCGAAGGUUUUGGUUUGGGAACUCCAAGUCAACGAGAAAAACAAUAUAGGCAAUUUAGAGCAGAUCGUGCUAGUGAACAAGCAAUGGAAUAUCAAAAGCGGAAACUGGAAAACCAAUAUUAUGCUAAUAGUGUGACUGCUAAAAAUGUAAGACAAAGUAAGAAUCAAAAAAUAACUCAGGCAAUUGAGCGCUUAGUAGAGGACCUCAUUCAGGAGUCAAUGGCUAAAGGAGACUUUGAUAAUCUCAGUGGCAAAGGAAAACCCCUGAACAAAUUUUCUGGCUGCUCAUACAUUGAUCCUAUGACUCACAACCUGAACAGGAUUCUGAUAGAUAAUGGAUACCAACCAGAAUGGAUUUUAAUGCAAAAGGAAAUAAAAGAUACUAUUGUACAACUCAGAAGAGACAUUCUGGUAUCAAGGAAUAAACUUGGACAUCCCAUGACAUCAAGUGAGCUAACGCAGUGGAGCCAAGAUUGUGAGAAGUUUCAAGAAAAUAUUAAAAAAUUAAACAAGCGAAUUAAUUAUUUUAAUUUGAUUGUUCCUAUUCUGAACAGGCAAAAAGUUCAUUUUGAUGCUGAGAAAGAAAUUGCCAGAGUCCUAAAAAAUUAUGAAAACCUAAUAGAAGCAGGGAAGAUGGAUAAUAAGAACACAAUUAACAUCGAAACAAAAAAUGUUAAAGUGGUUGGAUUCAAGGAAGGUUUUUUUAAAUGGCUAAAUCUAUCAAAAUAUAAAAUAUGAGGAUUUCAAGAUUCAGUGCCAUUGUGUUUCAGAGUCUUUCUUUCUUUUAAAGGUAUGCUGACCUCAAACAUGAGAUAUGUGCUAUCACACUUGCAAGAAUUUGUGUCUGAACAUCUCUUUA